AUGUCACGAAGCGUAUCGCCCUCGAGCCCAUCGCCCCGGGUUACCAGGGUGAGCUUGGAAACGAUCGAGAAGCUGCAAGAUGCGUGGAGCAAGCGGUAUGAAACACUGCGCGGCCCACCACCCCCGCCGCUUCUCAAUUCUCCUCGGUCCCUUCGUGCCUGUGCUUUAGCAAAUGUGAACCCGCAAUCCACCUUGCAGAAGCUGUCGCUCAAGCAGCACCUGUUUUGCGUCCUAGGCAAUCCACACAUGCUCAGCACGCUCCCAGACUCGGGCACCGCAGAGUACCGGGUACUGAUGCAGUCUGCCUUGCGCUGCUUUAGCGAGGCAGCUGUGGGACUCGGCACGUCGAAAGAAAAGCUUGCCGCCUUCAUCGCCUUCAAGAACCAAGAGGAGCUUCGCGUGCCCCAGCUGGCGUCGCUACGAGAGCUCCGACGUCAGCUAAUAGCUAAAGAUGUCCUCGCCAAGCGAAAACGUCAUGAGGAACAGCCUGACGACGCAUCCUCUAUGCCGAUUUGCAACGCCUCCUCGGCUUACCGGAAUGCCGAUGGCCACACUGCACCUCAUCACCCCACGUCGAGGAGCAGCUUGCUGCGGUCGCCGACGCUGGAGGAGAACCUGCUGUGGUGCCAUGGCUGCUCCGCGCGUCACUGGGCGGAUGACAGUCCCACGGGUUCGCAAAGUGCUCGCGAGCCGUCACCAUGCCACUCCUUUUUGGCAUCUGUUUCUUUCGUAGCGGAAGAAGGAACUGGCGAAGAGGAUGACGAGGGCGCCACCGGUGUCGGACGGUUUGAUUUGUCGCCAACGCCGAGUCCAUCCGGGAAGCUCCCCUACAAGCCCCGUGACGUCUCCUUGCUCAGCAGCUAUUUCGCGAACCGCAACAUCCAGAGCAACGGAAGUAACCCAUCCAAUGCCCUGCUUCCUAUUUCCACCCCUGGCACGCCGUCUCCAUCUUGGCGAGGUGUCACGAGCGUGGCGAGGUCAUCAAAGCAGCCUGUUCGCUCACCUCAGCCGCUCUUAGAGGUGGACAGCAGUCUUGACACCAUCAUUGAUGUGGACAGUGGAUGUGUACUCGUCAGAGGAACGACAAAAGGCUCCGCGGGGCUGCGGUCAGUAACAGAGCAGGAACUCAGCAUUGUGUCGAUCAACACCAGUCAAUUCGAGGAACUGUUGAACAUUGACGAGCCAGCGACCUCGUCUCCCCAGACGACCAUUGCGCAACUCUCUACAGCGGCAGUACUGGCGGAAAUCCAGGAUCAUAUGCAUCAUAACCCUCGAUCACAGCACACAGUGAUGCUAUUUCAUGAAUCGGGAGAAAAGACAAAUCGUGGGCCUGCAGCAGCGACGACAGCGGGCGAGGCGGUCAAUGUGACCAUACCGCAGCUCCCCGCAGAGCUGCCACCGGCGCCACCAAGUCAGUCGUUGACGCCGAGAGGGAUUCGUGGUUAUACAACCCAUACAAACUUCGCUUCUUUGAUAGUGCCCAAUAUGCAUGCUCGACCUGUGGCACCCCCAGCAGAGGUGAAGGCUGUGCCAACUUCUCUUUGUAUCGUUGAAGCCGCGAUGUCCCGCUCUGAAAAGCACACGGAGAUGGCGUGCGCGAAGCAGAACGUGGUGACCUCAACGACGGUAAUACCGACCAAAUCUCCCGCUUCUGCGAACUCAGCUGACGCGCCCGCGCAAUCGCGGCUGCGUUUACCACCUACGAUUACGAAGGCGGAGGAAAGCGAGGGAUUCCUGUACUACUGCGCCAACCCGUCGCACAGUGAAAUGAGUUUCUACGCAGGUGGCCGCGAUCUCUUCGCCUUUACAGUGAAUGUGUAG